UUCAGACGACUGUUUGGGAAGAAGAAGAAGCGGCCGGCGAAAGGGGGCUUUGAUGGAGCAGAGUUAAAUGCAAGUUUUUCUGCUGGGGAAGUGUGCAAUGGAGUUGUACCUGAGUCCAGUCAAAGUCUGAGGGAGUUGAAUCCCUGCGGCUCUCGAGCUCUCUCACACGACAGCAUCUUUAUCCCAGAGGAGCCAUUGACAGAGCCCAGUCUGGAUCACACCAUGUCCCAGGAAAACGUAUCGGAUAAAGUUCGGAACCUGCAGAGGCAGAUAGCACAAGGUAUAAAGUUUGGCCAGAGGCCGCCUUCACUGAGGAGGAGUGAGGGAGACGAGGGAAGUUCGGACGAGGAAGAGGCUCCUCGGAGCCCUCUGAAGGUGCUGGCCCAGGUAGAAGCCGAGGCACCAAAAACAGAGCCAAAGCAGGUCCAAGGGGCCCAUGCACACAGCACCCCAGUGAAGUCCCCGAGAUCCAAACAAGUUCUUCCACACACUGGUACGAUUGAGUCCAUCAACCUGGAUGCCGUCCCACAGUCUGUUCCUCGCUUAGACAACACCGCCGCCAAGCAUAAACUGUCCGUCAAACCAAAAAAUCAGAGAGUUUCCCGCAAGCACAGACGGUUCACACAGGUCAGCCAGAGCUAUAGUCAAGAUAUGAGUUGUAACAAAUGGGUCUUAGCAUGUUGUUGACUGAUUUCAUGACAUUUUUCCACACUUUUUAUGGUGAAGAAACCAACUAUAUUUCCACAUUCCCAGGAAUUCCAAGAGGUAUCCAUCCCUGGUGGGGUCCAAGAGGACCUCGAGGCAGCAGGGGUCUCCAGUGAUGACCAGCGCAGGGCAUCUGUCGAAGAGUCCCUUGAAAACUUCAAGAGACAGAGAAUCCACGAGGAGGAAAGACAGGAGACGAGGAGGAAGAGAGAGCUGGAGGAGCAGAGGCUCAGACAGGAGGAAGAGGAGAGGAGGAAGAGGGCAGAGGAGAUGAGGCUGCGUGAACUAGAGGAGGAAAAGGAGAGGUGUCGUAAACAGCAAGAGGAGGAAGAGAGAAGGCAGAGAGAGGAUGCAGAGAGAAGGAGGAGGGAAGAGGAGGAGAGGAGAAUUAAAGAAGAAGAAGAAAGGAGGUGGCGAGAGGAGGAAGAGAGGAAGCAGAGGGAAGAGGAGGAAAGGAGAAUGCGAGAAGAGGAGGAACGUCGACAGCUGGAGGAGGAUGAGAGGAGGCGACUGGAAGAGCAGAUGAGGAAAGAGGAGGAGGAAGAAAGGAGGAAGCAAGAGGAGGAGGAAGAGGCGAGAAGGCAGCAGGAGCUUGAGGCUGAGAGGAAGAGGAAGCUGAAAGAGGAAGAGCAGGAAAGAAAGAAGGAGGAAGAAGCAGAGAGGCUGAGGUUAAAGGAGGAGGAGCAGAGAAGGAUGUCAUUAGAGGAGGCGGAUGGCAACUCAGAUCCACAGGAGAGGAAGAGGAGAGCUGAGGAGCUGCGCUGGAGGGAGAUGGAGGAGAGACAGAGGCCUUUCUCUUUUAAGGUUUCCUCUGGAGAAAAGCAGAUUUUGUUCCAGAAGGUCAACCUGACGCCAGUUACACCGACCUCCAGCCACCAGAGUGGUGCUUCAGCUGAACAAAGAGAGGGAGCUCAGGCUUCUUCCUCUGAAGGACCAGACUCCCCCAACCUGCCGGCAUCUCCAUAUGUCCCCCACACAGCCAUCUUAGUGACAGGCGCCCAGCUUUGUGGGACAGCCGUCAAUGUAGACCAGAUCAAGGACACCGCCUGUAAGUCUCUGCUGGGUCUGGGAGAGGAUAAAAAGGCCCAGGGGACACCGCCAAUCAAGAGCAAGACUUCACCAGAUCGCAAGUCCGGCAAAACCAAAUCACUAAACGAGUCCGCACUCCCUACGGACCAGUCCAGUGCAGCCGUCCUGGCAGAGUGGGCAAGUAUCAGAUCAAAGAUAUUCAAGGGGGUAGAAGAGGGGAAGUAUGACGAGUACCCAGACCUGAACAGGAACCAGCCUCAGCCCAGCAGUGAAGACCAGGUUGUGUUCUCCCACACGAACCUCAGGAAGACUAUGUCUGCCAGCGCCAAGUUCUCCAUCACCCCUGCGAAGAAGAAGUUUGGAGAUUCAAACAGGAACUCUGAGGUGUUUGGUGCAGAAGACAGGGAAGGAGGAGAAGAAGCUACUCUGUCUGACAGUCCAACGGCAGCCUCGCCAGCUCCAACUAGUAAACCUCAGAACCGGACAAGUAAAACUGUCCGCAUCAUAGAAAGAGGGUCGGAGGAAUGUAUGUUUGCCAAAGACCUCCCCUCUUUCUUGGUUCCCAGCCCCGGAGCCAAACCCGAUGGGGCAGAGCUGAAGAGCAGGGCUCAGAGUGAGAUGGAGGAGUCUGAGAGUAAAGAGGAGGGAGAGAAGCGGGGCCAGGACAGUGAGGAUAAGCCCUCACCUUUUGGCAUAAAGCUCAGGAGGACUAACUACUCCCUGCGUUUUCACAGCGAGCAGUCCACCGAGAAAAGGAAGAAACGCUACAGUGCUGGGGACAGCUUCGACGGUGUCCCUUCACCUCUCACCCCCAUUGAGCCAGACUCUGACACUUCCUCAGUCUUUUCUGAAAAAUCAAGUCCCGCAUCGCCCCAGAAAGAAGGUGCGGUCUGCAAGUACUUACAUGCGUCCGCCUCCCCCGCCGUCCCGCGGGCUAAACCGGGUAAGUCUACCAGCCCAACCGCACAAAGCGAAGGUGAGAAAGUGCUUUCAAAACCACCGCUCUACCGAAGACCAACCAUGUCACCCAAACCUACCAGCACAGUCCCAACACCUCCUCCAUCGCCGCUACCUAAAGUGGUCCACGGGCCUCCCAGUGAUGCCACGAUCCAGAGAACAGGGGGGACAGAUUCAUCCAGCCAGGAGCAGAUGAGCAGGAGUGAGGAAGCUUCAGCGGUGGCUCAAUUGCACCGGAGCAGCCAAGGCCAGGUCCAAGGGGAAGAGGAGCCGAAAGAGAAGAGAUCAUUCUUCCCCUCCAUCAACAUCCCCUGGAGAGAGAAGGUGGACAGAAAGACAGAGCUCAUCAGGAAAGAAAAACCGUCACUACAGAGCAGGCACUCAUUGGACAGUGCGAAGGUCCAAGAGAAGGAGUCUGGGCCCUUAUGGAUCACACUGGCUCUGCAGAAGCAGAAGGGCUUCAGGGAGCAGCAGCAGAACCGAGAGGAGCGUCGUACCCAAAGAGAAGCCAAACUGGCUGAAAAACAAUCUAAAGAGAAAGACAGCGUUAUGCUUGUGAGCCCCACAGGGAGCAAAGGCAGCGGGAGCACCAGUCCUUCUAAAUCUCAGACACAAGAGGAGCCCAAGAGACCCGACAGCCUCCUGGGACGGUUGGAGCGUAGAGAACACCUGAAAAAAGCCAACACUUUACCCAGCUCUGUCACUGUUGAGAUUGCAGACUCUACACCGUCGCCACCUGCUGUCAAGGAGGUGUCAAAGCGCUUCCCCUCCAGUGACUCUCCCCAAGUGUCCACGGAGCCGGCCUGGCUUGCCCUGGCCAAGCGAAAGGCCAAAGCCUGGAGCGACUGUCCUCAGAUCAUCAAAUAACGCCCCGUCCCAGCUUCACACCGGGCUCUGGCCUGCACACAUCGAGACUGCACACUGCCCACAGAAUCUGAAGCACCUCGAGAGUCGGCAGCACCUGUCCCUUCCCACCCAGAACUCCAGAUCCCAUCUCUCACCAUUAGAAGAACCCUCCUGACUGUGAAACAAGUAAAGCCCUCCAUCGCCUCGUAUCCACACACACUGGCUGGUACUAUUAUCAUGUUAAAGUGCGCUUCACAUUCAAAUAUUCCAAUACGAUUGCCCAGAUAUAUGUAAACAAUUGUUGCGAGCAUGCACCUUG